CAUGAGCGUCCCGCCCCGGCCCGGCCCGGCCCGGCCCGACCAUGAGGGACGGCGAGGACUUGGAGGGUUUCGAUGGCGAGGCGUCCAGCACGUCCAUGAUCUCCGGCGGCAGCAGCCCCUACCAGCCCACCACCGAGCCCGUGAGCCAGCGCCUGGGCGGCCUCCGUUGCGACCCCGACUACCUGCGGGGCGCCCCGGGCAGGGCCAAGGUGGCCGAGGUGGUUUUGGCACUGAUUGCAUUCAUCUGCAUAGAAACCAUCAUGGAAUGUUCCCCGUGCGAAGGCCUUUAUUUCUUUGAGUUUGUGAGCUGUAGUGCAUUUGUAGUUACUGGAGUUUUAUUGCUUAUGUUCAGUCUAAAUCUUCAUACAAGAAUACCACAGAUCAACUGGAAUCUUACAGAUCUGGUCAACACUGGACUCAGCACUUUCUUCUUUUUCAUUGCAUCUGUUGUACUCGCUGCUUUAAACCAUAAAACUGGAGCAGAGAUCGCUGCUGUGAUAUUUGGUUUCUUGGCAAUGGCAGUGUAUGCUGUGAAUCUGUAUUUAGCUGUUAAGAAAUGGCGAAUGAACGGCAGGCAGCAGAACAGCCGGCAGACCAGCAAUUACUUGCGGGCCCGGACAGAAUCGAGAGAAGUGGAUCAGCAUCCUGAGAUUCAGCGUUUGGAUGAUGCAUGAAAGCUACAUCUGGGAGAGGACUGUG